UCGAUCCAGCGUGCAGCGCGAUUGACACUCGCGAGGAUACGAUAACAUUGUCAUCGCAAAAUUUACCUCGAAUAUCGGAAAGGAAUUAAAAGCCGAAUCAAUCUGGAGACAAAGGAGGCGUGGAGUCGAACGGGGAAAUCGUGGGCAAGACGGGGACGAAUAUCCUGAUUGAAGAGGGAACAGCGGGUGUGAGGGUGCGGGGAAAAAACGCUCCUGUGUCCUUGUGCUUCCCCGUGAGUUCCCGGCUCCCGACGACCGGAACAUUACCAUUGGUGAUGCUGUCGGUGGAUAAUGAGAGCUCUCACAACAACGAAGUAUGCGAAAGCACCAGAGAAUUAGGAACUGAUCAGGAUUAUCCAGAAUUACCUACAUCCUCAAUACAAGGGCCUAAAGAAUGGACAUACACAAUGAGAAGACAAAUGCAGGAAGUAGUACCUGGCUUAUUCCUUGGCCCGUACAGCGCUGCUAGUCGUUCCAAACUGGACAGCCUGCUUGAGCAUGGAAUAACGCACAUAGUCUGCGUCAGGCAAGACAUAGAGGCAAACUUUAUCAGGCCCAACUUUCCCGAUAAGUUCAAAUAUCUAGUGCUGAAUAUCGCGGACAUCGCGACGGAAAAUAUCAUACAGCACUUCCAAACUGUCAAGACGUUCAUCGACGAAGGACUGAAUUCUGGCGGUCAAGUCCUCGUGCACGGUAAUGCCGGCAUCUCGAGAUCCGCUGCACUAGUCUUGGCAUACAUGAUGGAAACGUACGGGCUCUCACAGACACAGGCGUACGCGAUAGUGCAGCAAAGGAGAUUCUGCAUAAACCCCAACGAGGGCUUCAUGACGCAGCUGAGGGAGUACGAGCCGAUAUAUCAGGCGCAGAAAACGUUGAGGAACGGCCAACAGAGCCACGUCAGAGAGCGCAGCAAGAGAACGAUCCAUCAGAUCGACGAGUCGAUGACGGACAGUUGAUAAUGACGGGACAAUCGACGGGGAGGGUGGACGCCAAAGUUACCGAGAUUACGUGUAUCGGUGUCGUCUUCAACGAAGGGGAACGAAGUAGCAUCGAACCAACACCGAUACAUGUCGAACACCGGACGUAUUCAAUGAGAUUUUAGUACAUAACGUUCGACGACGAUUAUUAACGAAAGCUAACGUAAGCACGGAGGAGACGGCGCAAAUUCGUACGAUUCAACCGAUUAGACUGACUACAUACGCGGCUAGAUAAGUUAUUGUCAUUAGUACUUUACUCACGUCGGAGCUGUCCGAACCAAGAGAGAGCGAUCAGUUGAACUUCGCUUUUCGGGCGUGAUAAUCUCAAGUUGAAUUCUUAUCGAGAGAUUUUGGAAAAAUCGCAAAUGUACAUAUGUUUCAUUUGUAUAUAUUUUUUCUCAUUUCAUUUUUAUACUCAUCCAAUUGUCCGAUUCGAAUUAAAUUAUAUUAAUAAGACUCGGAUCUCAAUUCGGUGAAUCAUAAGGAGAGUUCGUUCUUUUCUUUCAGUAGAAAAAAAUUAAUAAAAUCUGGAGCGCGAAGUAGUCGCUAACAAGCGCACAUUAUGGACAGCUCUGACUUAUGGCUCUUCUGAGUCUGCACCAUGAUUAUCUCGGUUGGUGACUUCAAAAGCGAGAAGAUAGAAAAUUCUUGCAAAGUAAAUUGAAGCAAAAAAUAUAUCCACCAAAAAAGACAUUGCCAAUUAAGUAGAUUUGUAAAAUCUUCGGGGAACUUUUCUUCUAUACUGAUAAUUAAUGAAUCUAUAAAUAGCCGCAGAAUUAAUUAAUUUGUCUCAAGUAGCCUGUUUUAGCUAUAUAUAUUUCUGUCACGUGUCACAUGGCCUCUUAAUUACAUGAUUUUCUUCAUUUCACGGCUAUUUAUUGAUAACUGUAGUAAAGGGAGUUUUAGAAUAUUUUACAAAUCUGUGCUUAAGGCUCCUGCUCAUUUGCUGCGGUCGUCUUAUUUGAUAACGUUGUCAGAAACGAAGGAAAGCAUGCCUAAAAUUCUUGCGAAAUACACUGAAUUAAAAUGAUACAAAAUCACACUUGUAGUCGAUUAAGCAUAUUUGUAAGAUAUUCUGAAAACCUUCCUUCUUAGUUUAACUUUUCGCAUGAUUUUGUCAUGUCAAUUUCACGGCUAUUUAUUAAAAUUAUUAAAGUAAAAGGAAAGUUCACGGAAUAUUUCACAAGUGCGCUCAAUCGAUCACAUGUAUCCUUUUAUGAUAUUUAUGGUAAAAUACCAAUGUUGGGAGUCUUCGGAAUUGUGAGAAAUUUUUACGAUGAUUUCUGUGCACCCUUAAUCAAAAUGGUUACGCCGAGGAAACAGGCGUCUUAUAAUCGACCGCAAAUGUCAUUUUACGGACACGUCUUUUUAAAGUAUUUAGCAAGAAUUUCGAGCGUGUAUUAUUCGACGGCGAAACAGGAGCCUUGAAACUAAUUCUUAACCGUUCAAGGGCGGAUUACAUUUCUAGAUGCUGUAUUUUCUAUUUAUUUAUUUAUUAAGAUUCUAAGUUGUUUACGGCUGUUGUUACGAGACGUUGCACUCUUGUAAGAAAAGAAUAUAAGCGAUAUUUUCCAAA